CGCAUACAAAAAGCAUCCAGUUACAACACUGGAAGAACACAAUUCUCUGUCCGCUGGGCUAUUUUUGACUUCAGUUGCAGCUGAUUGCAAAGCUUUUUUGGCCCUCCCUGAAUUUUUGGCAGACUCCUGCCCUUGUUCAAAGACUUAUUUGAGGAAGUGGUGUUGUAAAACGAGGACUUGUCGGGAUAAUUUAGAUCAACAAUAACAAUAAUAAUUAAAAGAACAAGUUUCUGCCACAAGAUUUCGUCUGUGUUUAACUCCAGAAUAUUAUUGUAUAAACAAGUGAGAUCAAGGGAAAGUUACAUUACAUUUACUACUGCUUGAGAAACCACGGUGAUUGGCAUUAGCUGCGUUGAUUCCGGUUUUCUUUUAGGGGUUCCAAGUCUGCUUAACAACAAACGCUGUAGGUCGUGAACUCGGGAUACUUCGUUUUAACCCGAAGGAUAUAAAUUUGCACGCGACAUUAUAUUGAAGUUAACAAGUAACCGAAGCAGAGUAUACUCUGUACAACCGUGAAGAAGAGCAUCAGUGAAACGCUAAGUCUGGGUUCGUUCUGAGGAUAGACCAUGGAGGCUUGCCCUAUACCUGUUGUUACUGUCCAGACCGUUCCCUAUGAUGACCAGAAACCCGGCACCAGUGGCCUGAGGAAGAAGACAAUGGUUUUUGAGAGUAAGAAGAAUUACCUGCAGAAUUUCAUCCAAAGUGUCCUCUCGUCCAUCGACCUCCGGGACAGGCAGGGAUGCACUAUGGUGGUAGGCAGCGACGGGAGGUACUUCAGCCGGACAGCAAUUGAGGUUAUUGUUCAAAUGGCAGCUGCCAAUGGGAUUGGCCGCCUGGUUAUUGGACACAAUGGGAUUCUGUCGACUCCAGCUGUCUCGUGUAUUAUUAGAAAGAUAAAGGCCAUCGGCGGAAUCAUUCUCACAGCCAGUCACAACCCCGGGGGACCAGGAGGGGAUUUUGGGAUCAAAUUCAACGUGGCAAAUGGAGGUCCAGCCCCAGACACUGUAACAGAUAAGAUCCACCAGAUCAGCAGGACGCUGGAAGAGUUUGCCAUCUGCCCUGACCUCCGAAUAGACCUCUCCAGGCUGGGCAGACAGGACUUUGACCUGGAAAACAAGUUUAAACCCUUCAGAGUGGAAAUUGUGGAUUCAGUGGAUGUUUACCUCAACUUGCUUCGCAGUAUUUUUGAUUUCAGCGCUAUCAAGGGACUCCUGACUGGGUCGGAUCAACUGAAAAUAAGAAUAGAUGCCAUGAAUGGAGUAAUGGGACCCUAUGUGAGAAGAAUUCUGUGUGAUGAGCUUGGAGCCCCUGCAAACUCGGCUGUUAACUGCAUCCCCCUGGAGGACUUUGGAGGGCAGCACCCUGAUCCCAACCUGACCUACGCUGCCUCUCUAGUGGAGGCCAUGAAGGGAGGGGAGUUUGGCUUCGGAGCAGCUUUCGAUGGAGACGGGGAUCGGUACAUGAUCCUUGGCCAGAAUGGAUUUUUUGUGAAUCCCUCUGACUCAGUGGCCAUUAUUGCAGCCAAUCUGCCAUGCAUUCCUUACUUCCAGCAGAUGGGGGUUAGAGGAUUUGCGAGGAGUAUGCCCACCAGCACAGCCCUGGACAAGGUAGCAAAAGCAAUGAAAGUCACACUGUAUGAAACCCCCACCGGCUGGAAAUUCUUUGGGAAUCUGAUGGAUUCUGGGAGAUGCUCGCUAUGUGGAGAGGAAAGUUUUGGCGCUGGUUCGGAUCACAUCCGUGAGAAGGAUGGACUCUGGGCAGUGCUGACCUGGCUGUCUAUAAUGGCUGCCCGGAAGCAGAGUGUGGAGGAGAUUGUGAGGGACCACUGGGCAAGACUGGGACGCAACUACUACUGCAGGUUUGAUUAUGAGGGGGUUGACCAGAAAGCUGCCUUUUUCAUGAUGAGGGACCUGGGAGCUGUGAUCACUGACAAGGCGUUCACUCAUCAGAAGUUCGCCGUGGGGAACAGUGUGUACAGUGUGGAGAAAACAGACAACUUUGAGUACACAGACCCUGUGGAUGGCAGCGUGACCAAAAACCAGGGGCUGCGCAUCAUUUUUACAGACGGAUCAAGAAUUAUUUUCAGACUGAGUUUAACAGGCUGUGUUGGCGCCACCAUCAGAAUCUAUGCAGAAAGCUAUGAGCGUGACCCUGAAAAACUCAAUAGAGAGACUCAGGCUGUGCUGGGCCCUCUAAUAGGAAUCGCACUGAAAAUUUCUGAGAUCCAUGAGCGAACAGGCCGCAAAGGACCUACUGUCAUUACCUGAUCCCACCACUGAACACUCAACAGGGGCCAAAAAGAGAAGUACUUCCAUGAGGUUGCAGUUGCCAAAAAUUAGUCACUAUUUGUGCCUUGCAUCUUUCUUUAAAAUACUAAAACAAAAAAAACAACAUUAAAGGGUUAUGUAAAGGGAGUUUUAAAGACAAUCUAAAAGGGUGUUUAAUCAGCAUUUCCUGUAUUGUUUUGUUGUUGUUGCUGUUUUUUUGUGUGUUUUUUUUUUUUUUUUUUUUUUAAAUGCUGCAGUAGGGUCUAUUUAAAAGCAACAGCAGAGCUGAAUACUGCUGCUCUAAAAUCUAUAAACCUGUUUUCUAAACCACUUUUUAUUUGUUAUUGCCUUAUGUUUAUAUGGUGGUCAAUAAAUCAUCCAUAAAACCCCCAGCAGCACUGAUAUAGAGUUAAGGCAACAUUAUUGAGCUUCACCUCUGAUUAGAUUAAAAUAGACCCAAAUAUCUUUUUAGAAAUGUAAAUACAAGUUGGUUGACCAACACGCAUACAGAUCAACACGCUCAUUAUAUGAAUUAACUUGACAACGGUAUUACAUCAUUUACAGGACUGUUGUACCUUUCCUGCAGAAAACGUUUAGCAAUGUGUUACUUUUGGAUAGUAUAGUUCAUUUUCAGGUCACAGUGUAAUAAAAAUGUACUUAGUAACAGACACGAUGCUGGUAUUCAGAACUGCUAUUUCAAGUGACUGGAUCCAGAUAGAACACAAUGAAUUUCGAAAAUGGCAUGAGCAUGAUUAAUGCUUCUUACCAAUGAAAAAUAUAUUUUUCACAUACUGUAGAUCAAAAAGGGGUAGAGGGUGCCCCUGUGAGAGACUAUUUUAAGAGAAAGUGAAGAUUAAUUAGUAUUCCACUUGCAAGGCUUUUAUCAUUUUGACUGGCACAGUUUACUUCAAGAUUCAAUUUAAAUUAUGGUGCCGCUAUCCUUAUAGAGACUUUUAAAAAGUAUCAGCAAACUGCCAUGAUAACUUUGGGUUUUUUUUGUUAUUUUUUAAGCAGUGUUAGUGUUAAAUAAUUGCUCACAAGUCAUCAUAGAUUUUGUAAUUUGGUGUUUUUUUAAAGCUGACGUAAUGAUGGUGAUGCCAUGAUUCAAAUGUAAUCUCAGGGUUAGUUGCUAUGCAGUAAUGCAAAUGCAUUAAAGUUUUGCAUUUGCACUGAUCUUCAGCCAUGGGGGCACUUGUACUCUGUCACAGGGCUAAUAUAUGAAACCAGAGGAGACGCUGCAUUUUUACAUAAUCCCAUGUGCCAGUUUGUGUGGUUUUAACAUUUUUUUUUUUUAUAUGUAUUGAAUUUAUAUUAAUAAAGCUUUCGUUUCGUUAUGCCUGUGUGUUUAUGUGGCCUUCUACCUUUGAUUUUGUGUUAUCUGUUUAAUACUUGCAAAGCAGCAACUAGCAAACAUUAACCAUCUGCUGUUAGUAAUGAAGCAUUGAAACAUAAUAGAGGCUUUUUGAAGUUUAGGGGAACACAGUCUUAUUCAGGGAGGGUCUGAAAGAGUACUGCAGUAAUUGUUAAUAUUUUUUUGUAUUCCUUGGGGGAAGAAAAUACUACAUGCAUGAGAUUUUUGCAAAUGUUGAUUUUUUGUUUCUAUUUUUAAUGUUUUUAAUGUAUGUCGUCCUGCUACUGUAAAAGUGUCAUUCAUCUGUUUGUGAUCUUAGCUAAAUAAAGUACUAUAUCUUAA